AUUUAAACAGCCUGGCUACAUUAGAGGUACAAUGUUACCUGUAGUUAUAGCAGAGAACUGUUAGACACGAAAGGUCUAGGUUUCUCAAAAUGCAAGCCCCAGACUUUACUAAAGUUCCACCGUUAGCUUCAAGAGAGACUGGGCAGCAUCAAAGUGGAUUAUCGAAGCUUAUCACAGGAACACUGUGUGAUCCAGAAGGCGACUGUUUUGUCAGAGUCCGAAAGAGAGACUUGGAGAGGCUGUGCACUGAGGUCAUGCAGCUAAGGGAAUUUCUGCCUAAAGUCAUUAAUGGUGAUUUUCUGGAUGCCCUGAACAAAGCUCGCUCUCUGGACAAAUUUCGAGAGCAGAGUCAGCAGGAGCACCAGCAGCUGAAGCAGGAGUGUUUGCACCUCUACUCCCGUCUUGAUGCAGCACAGUCCGAGUGCCAGAGAGAGAAAGAGGAGAAACUAGUUCUAAGGGAGCGGUUAUGGGAGAGCCGUGAGCAGCUGCAGCAACAGGCAGAGUUCUGUACAGGCCUGGGUGCCUCCACCUGCACUGUUCUCUGGAGCGCUUCCCGUAGAGAAGAAGCUGUACGGGACAUACUGGCUGAUGGAAAGCUGGAACCAUUCCUUAGCGUUGCAGGUCAAACCCUGGAGAGUUUUGUUAAAUCCCUGGAUGAGGAAGAAAAACCCCAGCAGCAAAACUACAAUUCCCAUGAGCAUCAGUUUGUUCUAGCACUGGCUGGUGUCAUCACUAAUCUGGCAGCUGUUACUUGUGGGAGAGACUUCAUUUCUAGCUCUGCGCAUGUCUUGUUGGACACUUUGAUGCAGCUGCUUGGGUUAAUGAAGUCAGGGGUAUUUCCAAAGCUUAAAGUGCUGAUGCUGAUGGCUUUAUACAACGUCAGCCUCAGUAUAAAUGGACUGACGUACAUCAGCGAGAGUCCUGCACUCCUGCCUCUUAUAUGUUCUCUGCUUGAAGACCGGGACAUAGAAGUAUGUCUGCAGGCCCUACGGCUGCUCCAGUCUCUGCUAGUGGAGGGUGACAUAUUGGCCCAAAUCAGCCCAGACCUCCAGCAUACCAUUCCAGUGGAAAGGAUCCGUCAGCUGUCCUCAAGCCGCCACUCUCCCCUCAAACAAGCGGCCCAGGAGUUGUUGGAGGACAUCAAAUGCUUCACCAAAACUGGUCACACAACAACAGAGAAAGAGCAGUGAUGAUGCAGACACCUACAGACCUUGUCUUAGUCCUGUUCCAUAUACACUGAUGUUCUUCUUUAUCUGUAGUCAAUGUAAUCAGUUAAAAGGGUCAGACGUCACAGGGCCCAUUGAUUAGGUCUGACCUCCUGGGUGAUCUAGGAAGUAAUAAUAAUGGUAAAAAUAGCUAAUGUUUAUUUCUGUUAAGAGUCAUACUGGUUAAGGCUAGCAUGUAUUUUUACAUUUAUACAUUUUUGUAAUGUAUGACUGUAAUUCAACCAAUGUUGGAUAUGUGUUCUUAUCUUCAUGUUCUGCAUAUUACUAGGAUUUUUUAUGUUUUGAAUAAUAUUAGUUGUAUAAGUUGUUUUUUUUUUAAAUAUUGCAAGUCUGUCCAUAUUCACUAACCACCAAACACAACAAAAAACCUGUUAUUGUAUUUGAACCUGUUCUGUUACUUAUUGUUAUAAAUAUGAGGUUGCACACGUGAAACAUUUGAAACAUUUCUAUAUUUCCAUGGUUAAAACCAAAGGACGUUUUAUGUCUUGUAAAACUGUCAAGUAAAUUCACAACCGUAAUAAAAGUCUGGAACAUUUGA